AUGUCGAAAUCCCGCGAGCCCGAGAAUCCCGUCUCCUCUGAAACCUCUUCUGGCGAGGAGGAAAACGACGAUUCCUCGUCUGAGGAAAUCGAAUCAGAGCCCGAACUGAUCCGCAAGUCUUCCGCUCCGCCGGCCGCCGCCUCCGCUUCACCGGCCAGAUCUACCAGAAAGAGGGCCGUCGUGGAGGUUAAGGGGACGGAGCCCACUGUCACCAAGAAGUCGAACAACAGCAAGAAGGCUAAACCCGAGGCAUCCGAGAAGAAACAAUUGUUCCAAAGGAUAUGGAGCGAGUCCGACGAAAUCGCCCUCCUGAACGGAAUUAUGCAGUUUAGGGCCGAGAAGAAAUGCGAUCCGCAUGAUAAUAUGGACUCCUUUCAUGACUUCAUCAAGAAGAAUUUGCACUUUGACGUGACGAGGACCCAGCUGAGGGAUAAGAUGUCUAAGAUGAAAAAAAAGUACACAAACAACAAGAGAAAGGAGCAGGAAGAUAAAGGAAGAACCUUUACGAGCCAGCAUGAGCAGGAAGCCUACGAUUUAUCCGAGAAAGUGUGGGGAGCUGAGAAAGAAAACGGGGUCGAAAAAGCCAAUGGCAGUGGGGCGAACACUAACAAUAUUGAGGAUUCACGGGCUAGUGAGAGGAGGUAUGAGUUAGGCGACAAUGUUCCAGUCGAAGAGGGGGAAAUGGAAGAAGCAUGGAAGAAGUUCGAGAUUGAAGAGAUGGAGAUAAAUGUGAGGCAUUUUGAGGUCAAGACUCAACAGGCAAAGCUUCUUCUGCAGAUCAUGAAGUCCCGGGGCCAUUGA